AUGGACACCUCAGGCAAAGCAAUUACAUGCCGUGCAGCCAUUGCCUGGGCAACAAAUUCUCCUCUUUCAAUUGAAGAAGUUCAAGUUGAGCCACCAAAGGCUGGGGAAGUUCGUAUUAAGAUGCUGUCUACAGGGAUCUGUGGUACUGAUGAACACGUCCUCAAAGGAGAACUCCUCAUGAAAUUUCCUUUGAUCCCAGGCCAUGAAGGAGCUGGGAUUGUGGAGAGUGUUGGCAAUGGAGUAACAUCUGUGGAGCCAGGAGACAAAGUCCUCACACUGAUUAUUCCACAGUGCAGAGAAUGCAGUUCCUGCUUGAACCCCCAAGGAAACUGCUGUGAAAAGCAAGAUAUCCUACCCUGUACUGGAUUAAUGGUGGAUGGGACCAGCCGAUUUACCUUCAAAGGAAAAAGGAUUUAUCAUUCUUUCCGCACAAGCACAUGGACCGAAUAUACUGUUGUGCCCGAAUUUGCAGUGGCAAAAAUUGAUGCUGCUGCUCCUAUGGAUAAAGUGUGCCUUAUAAGCUGUGAGUUACCAACAGGUUACGGGGCUGCUGUUAAUUCAGGCAAGGUGACUCCAGGUUCCACCUGUGUAAUCUUUGGACUUGGAGGAGUUGGCUCUGCCAUCAUCAUGGGCUGCAAAGCCUCUGGUGCUUCUAGGAUCAUUGGGGUUGACAUCAACGAAGAGAAGUUUCCCAAGGCGAGAGAAUUGGGGGUCACUGAUUGUCUCAACCCUCAGAAGCUCAAGAAGCCAGUCCAGGAUGUCGUGGUAGAAAUGACAGGAGCUGGUGUUGACUUUGCCUUUGAGGCCAUUGGACUCACUGAUACCAUGAUUGCUGCUUGGAAUUCCUGCCACAAGAGCUAUGGAGUCUGUCUGAUUGUUGGGUUGGCUCCAGCACAAACACAGCUUUCCUUAGAUGCACCAGUGAUUGUCACCGGAAGAACACUGAAGGGCGUAUGUUUGGGAGAUUAUAAAACCAGAGACUGUAUUCCUCAAUUAGUAACUGACUACCUGCAAAAGAAAAUUAAUAUAGAUCCAGUAAUAACCCAUCAGCUACCUUUUGAUAAACUCCAUGAAGCCCUUGAGUUGUUUCAUGCUGGAAAAACCAUCCGCUGUGUCCUGCUGUUCCAAGGCCAGAAAUAACACAAGGUGCAGCAGCAUCCUUGGGGACUUGACUCUUGCCUGCUUCACCUCCCUAAGGAUUCCAGUGCAUGGGAAAGAGAAACACUGCAGAGAAGGCUAUGUGGCUGUACAAAAUGAAAUAUGUGCCACUUGAAUAUUUUAAAACAAGAUAAAAAAUUGAAAAUUGAUUAAUAUAAUUCAUUAUUAAGUGUAGUGAGAGAAAUUUUGGCUUUUAAUUGAUGACCCCAUUGAUAUGUGCAUAAACCCAACUGAUCUCUGAAAUUUGCCCAUAAAGUUGUCCCUAACAUACCCCAAUUGUUCCAUUCCUCAGGGUACCUUCAUUUCUGGCUGAUGCCUCUGCACUAUCCCUUGCCACUCUUAGAGUUGAUGUGAUAAUUUUGCUGACAGUGCUGCUGGGUUACAACCUUGUUGCUUC